AUGGCGUUUCCACUCAAGCAGCCCAAGACCCGACAGACCGCCUGUGGCGGUGAUCUCCUCGCCCAGUCUCUCGCGCACCUCGGUGCAAAUACAGCAUUCGGACUUCACGGUGGACAUCUCGAUCCGUUCCUCGUCGCCGCGGUUGAGGCCGACAUCAAGCUCAUCGACGUCCGACAUGAGACCGUCGCCGUGCAGGCUGCCGAGGGCUGGGCAAAGGUUAAAGGCAACAAUGUUCCGGGUGUUUGCUUCUUCACUGCCAACUCGGGCUUUGCCAAUGCCUAUCCCGGCCUCUGCACCGCCUUCGCCGACCGGUCUCCAGUGUUCUGUGUUACCAGCUCAGCUCCGCCCCGCGAUGCGCAUACCAAUGCGCUGCAAGGCUUCCAUGAUCAAGUCACCCUGUCGAAGCCGGUGACCAAGUUCUGUUAUCAAAUCACCGAAGUCAGCGAGAUUCCUCGCAUUGUCAGUCUGGCGUGGCGAGCGACCACGUCGGGCGCGCCUGGACCGGUUUUGGUGGACAUUCCGAUUGAUGUGCUGUCGACUCCGGUCGAGAGCAUUUCGUCUGGGGGACUUCUUUCCGGCUUGUCGCUGAACCCUGCUCCUCAUCCUGGAGCCAUCGAAAAGGCACUUGGUCUAUGGAAGAACGCAAAGCGACCUGUUAUUAUUGUUUCCACCGGCGCCGCCAGCGCAGUUGGAAAUGUCACAAAGCUGGCAGAGGCAACAAACACGCCCAUCUUCCACUCGCCAAAGUACUCAACGUCCAUCAAGCGUUCUCAUUCUCUAUUCGGCGGAUCAGCCACGCAGCUUGCGGUCUUGCGCUACCUCGGCGGUCAAGUCCCUGACUUUGUGCUCUUGCUGGGAGCUCGAACUGGGUUCUUGAUGGGUGGUAGAAGUGGCGGGAUCAUUCCGAAUGAAGGCGAAGCCAGUGUUGUACAAGUCGACCUGGACGGCGGGGAAAUUGGGCGUUCUCGGACUAUUGAUGUCGGCAUUGUCGCAGACGUCGGACAGGCGGCAGAUGCGAUGAUAGCCGCAGCAUCAAAGUCUCCCUUCAAAGCAGCAGACGACUGGGUGGAGAAGACCAUGAGUCUGAAGAGCUCUGCCGUCGCCUCUGCCUCGAACGAAAGGGAGCCUGUGAUUCUCCUAGAAAAUAACAGACUGCAUCCAUAUCACGCCGUCAAGAAGCUGUUCCAGGCGCUGCCAGAAGACAGCAUUGUGUGUGUUGAUGGCGGUGAGGCUGGCGGAUGGGCUCUUCAGUGCCUGAACGAGGCCAGACCCCGACUAUCCAUGGUGACGACGGGUGCCGCCGUAGCUUCUCCGGAAAGUUUGAUUGUCAACCUGCAGGGCGACGGCAGCGCAGGUUUCCACAUUGGCGAGCUUGACACGUACGCCAAGUACGACUUGAACAUCCUCACCGUCAUCGUCAACAACGCCGUCUGGGGUAUGUCUCUGGCAGGACAGGAGAUUAUCUACGGUGACAAGACCCCGCAGCGGCCUUGUAUUGCGAUGAACCCCAAGGUAAAGUACGAGGUCGUCGCGCAAGGCUUCGGCUGCCUGUCUGCCGUAGUCGAUGUCCAUCGCGAUGACAGCUCUGAGAGUGAUGGCUCCAAGACGUUGGAGUCGCUGAAGCGGACUGUCGGUAGUCUGUCGAGUACCAAGGGUCCAGGACUGCUCAAUCUCAACGUUUCCGAUGUGCCAUAUCAAGCGACUACUAAGGCCAUGGUCGGGCAAAGUGAUGACCCGAAUAUCAUCGUCAUCCCUUACUAUGACAAUGUGCCUAAACCGUAUUACAAAGCCGGAACGCCCAAAACGGCGAAUGGGAAGGCUGACGAUAGCUUGGUUGAGGGUCACGGAACGAUUGGAUAA